AUGCCUACAAUGUGGCUCACAGACACCCAAAAGAUUGGGGUCGCUUUCUGCUCAGGAGGCGGCUUCUUUCUCAUGGGCGGCGUGAUGAUGUUUUUUGACCGCUCGAUGCUGGCCAUGGGCAACAUUCUCUUCCUAAUCGGCCUCACCCUGAUAAUCGGAUUCCAGAAGACAGCCAUCUUCUUCGCGAGGCGUCAGAAGUGGAAAGGCACGGCUGCUUUUGUAGCUGGAAUCGCACUUAUUCUAUUGCGCUGGCCCUUCUUCGGGUUUUUGAUUGAGUUGUAUGGCAUCUUGGUGCUGUUUGGUGACUUCUUUGCCACGAUCGCAGGGUUCGUGGGGAAUAUUCCUGUGGUUGGGCCGUACAUCGCGCAAGCGCUUGAGAAGAUCUCUGGGGGGCCGAGGAACGCUGAGUUGCCUGUGUAA